UAGGGUCUGAAGUUGCGGAAACAGCGCCGCUGGAUCAAAAGGAGUAGAUUCUAAUAAAGCAGAAAUUUUCUUGAUUUACUACCAAAUUUGGAAAAUCACAAGUUCAUCAUCAUCAUGAGGUUACACAGAAGACAGCAGCUUUUAUUACAAUGGAUUUUUAGUGCUUUUAUCCUUUCAUUACACAUAUUUUCAGAUGCACAAUCAACAGGAACAAGUUCUUCAUGUUUGCAAGCGAGGACUUGUGGAGACUGUAUAAUAACCGACCCAAGCUGUGCCUGGUGUGCACAACCAGACUUUCAAGAUGCAGAAAAUUACCCAAGAUGUGACAGCCCAGACACGUUACGAGAGAGGGGUUGUAUGGAAGAGCACAUAGAGAAUCCACAAAGUACCAUUAAUAUAACACAAAAAACACCAUUAAGUAAAGCAGGAGCCAGUGUUGAUAAUCUAGUCCAGGUCUAUCCUCAGGAAAUAGAUCUCACAUUGAGGCCAGGGGAGAAGGUAUCAAUUGACCUUCAGAUUCGUCAGGCCGAAGACUUUCCUGUAGAUUUAUACUACCUUAUGGACUUGUCUGACUCCAUGUCCGAUGAUUUGGUCCAACUUAGAUCGUUGGGUGGAAUUCUAGCUGCUGAAAUGCAGAACAUCACCAAUAAUUUCAGGCUGGGCUACGGUGCCUUCAUUGAUAAAACCGUGAUGCCUUACAUUGAUAUCUUCCCAGCAAAAUUACAGAAUCCAUGUCUGAAUAAAAAGUGUGGACCAGCAUUCUCUUUUCAUAAUAUUCUUCCACUGACGCUCGAGACAGGUAGAUUUACUGAGGAAGUGUCCAAGGUGAAUAGUUCUGGUAAUCUUGACAGUCCUGAAGGUGGUAUGGAUGCUCUAAUGCAAGCUACUGUCUGUACAGAGGAGAUUGGCUGGAGAGACAGAGCCAGACAUCUGUUGGUGUAUACCACUGAUGCAAGUUUUCACAUUGCUGGAGAUGGAAAGCUUGGUGGCAUUGUGAAGCCCAACGAUGGCAGGUGUCAUAUGGAUGAUACAGGCUUUAGGUAUACUAAGGCAGAUGAAAUGGACUACCCUUCCAUCAGUAAGCUGAGUCAAAAGAUGGAAGCACUGAGCAUUCUUCCAAUCUUUGCUAUCGGUAAAGCGGGUGUAGAUAAACAGGAUCCAUUUGUCUUCUAUGAGGAUCUUCCACAGUACUUUCACGAGUCAAAGGCAGCCAGACUUUCUGCAGAUUCCUCCAAUAUUGUAGAUCUCAUAAAAAAUGUAUAUGAAAAUAUUACAUCUGAAGUGACAGUAGGGGACAAGGCCGACAAAGAUUUGUUUGAAUUGGACUAUGUGGCUCACUGUCUAGAUGGCUCCGUCACCAAGGAUAAAAAGACCUGUGCAGGACUGAAGCUCGGGGACCAAAUCAGCUUCGAUGUCAGCAUUACCAUGAAGAACUUGAGCUGCACAGUUAAUGAUGGAAUGCACACGAUAUCCAUAGGUCCUACCACAUUCACAGAAAAUCUUGUGCUCAACGUGAAAGCACUGUGUGAAUGCGAGUGCUCCAACGACGUGCCGGAGCCCAACUCCAGUAAGUGUAGCUUCCAUGGUACCUUUACUUGUGGUGCUUGUGUGUGUAAUGAAGGCCGAUCAGGAAAGAUCUGUGAAUGCGACCGAGCCGAGGCUGAAGGUCUUGACGAAAGCUGUGUUGCUCCAAAUUCUACUGUGGAAUGCUCGGGUAGAGGUGACUGCGUGUGCGGUCUGUGCGAAUGUGACACGCGUGGUGACCCCAAUCGUGUCAUUACGGGAGAGUUCUGUCAGUGCGACAACUACCUGUGCCCGAGGUCAGGAGGAAAGGUGUGUGGAGGGAGUGAUCGGGGAACCUGCGAAUGCGACGAAGAUAGAAAUAUCAACUUUUGUACCUGCGCAGAAGGUUAUAAGGGCAGUGCUUGCGAAUGCCCGAUAUCUAAUGAUACGUGCAGAGCUCCAAAUGGGGAAAUCUGCAAUGGUGUGGGAACAUGUAAUUGUGGAAAAUGUGAUUGCAAUGAUCCUAAGUACUCUGGUGCUACCUGUCAAAUCUGUCCAGAUUGUGCUGGGGCGUGUGAAAUUAACCAGCCGUGUGUACAGUGUAGGGCAUUCCACACCGGAGCUUUCAACAAAUCACAGUGCAAGAAUUGUCCCCAUCCUAUCUAUGUAGUGACAGAGCUGAGAAAAGCAGAAGGCCAUCAAGAGUGCAGGUUUACUGAUGAUGAUGAGUGCGAAGUUAUCUUCACCUAUGAAAUACUACCAAAUGGAACAUUUUAUAUUGAAGUACAAGAAGAAAAAAUAUGUCCCGGAGCACCCGAGAUGCUAUGGGUCAUCCUUGGUAUCAUCAUCGGAAUCAUCCUGGUAGGAUUAGCACUCCUCCUCAUCUGGCGUCUCCUCACCUACAUUCAUGACAGGAGAGAAUUUCAGAACUUUGAGAAGGAGCGAGCCAACGCCACGUGGGAGGGCGGCGAGAACCCCAUCUACAAGCCGUCCACGUCGGUCUUUAAGAACCCCACCUACAAUAUAAAAUGAGCUUUACCUCCUAGUCUGGCGAUAGUUCUUUUUUUAAAUUUCUAAUUAUUGUAAACUGAAUAAGCGUUUGAGUACCACCACCUGAUUUUGCUGUACUGCAUGCAGAAUGCCAAGGGCGUCUCUUCGGAAGGUGCUGGGUGCUACGACCAGAUGCCAAAAAGGGAUUUCAAAGACGGACAUGUAAUGUUCAUUCACCUCUUAGCUACACUGAAUCAUCAUUGAAUGCUCAUUGAACUCUUGAGAAUGAUCAUCGAAUGUUUGUUCAUUGAGCUUUCUGAUACCCUCUUGGGGUUCAAGGCAAGAACCAU